AUGCGGAACCAGGAGCGGGUGCUCGUCUGCCCUCCUGCUGGCCCAGACAAUGGAGAGCAAGUUUUGGUUGACGUGGAAGAUAAAACCAACAAAGAGAUAAAUGAGCACAUUAAAAAAAUCUUGGGGAAAAGCAAAGAAGUACUUGAAAAAGAGGAAAGAGAAAGGAAGAAACAAUCACAUCCUGCAACGUUUGGGCCCAAGAAGUAUCAUCUGCGAGAAUGCAUGUGUGAAAUCGAAGGCCAAGUUCCCUGCCCAGCUUUUGUGCCACUGCCCAAAGAGAUGAGAGGAAAAUAUAAAGCUGGUAUGAAAAAUGAAGCAUCAGCCUGA